GCCCAAGGUCCGUGUACUUGCUUUUCUUCAAAACGCAUUCAUUUUCAGUUAUUUGGGCCAGAAAGUUUCUGCUUCAGAGCUGAAGGCAGUUGGGUGAUUUUAUCCUCAGACUUCCAGCAAGUGCUACAAAGAGGAAGAUAUUCCGAAGAACCAACCAAGUUCUCUGUGAGACCAGAGAACCAAGUUUUCCAUUAACCCUAGGAGAAAUGAAGCACAUUAUCCACUCAAAUGGAAAUGUAAAUGGCACAGCAAGAAACAGUUCAGACUGCCCCCUUGUGGCUAUGCCAGAAGAGAUAUUUUUCAUAAUUUCCAUCAUUGGGGUUUUGGAAAAUCUCAUUGUCCUCCUGGCUGUGAUCAAGAAUAAGAACCUCCAGUUCCCCAUGUACUUUUUCAUCUGUAGUUUGGCCAUUUCUGACAUGCUGGGCAGCCUAUAUAAGAUCUUGGAAAAUAUCCUGAUCAUGUUCAGAAACAUGGGUUACCUCAAGCCUCGUGGCAGUUUUGAAACCACAGCAGAUGACAUCAUUGACACCAUGUUCAUCCUCUCUUUACUUGGCUCCAUCUUUAGCCUGUUGGCAAUUGCUGUUGACCGCUACAUCACCAUCUUCCAUGCCCUGCAGUACCACAGCAUUGUGACCAUGCGCCGCACCACUGCUGCCCUAGCAAUCAUCUGGACCUUCUGCAUUGGGAGUGGCAUCACCAUGGUGCUCUUCUCCCAUCAUGUCCCCACGGUGCUCACCUUCACGUCACUGUUCCCACUGAUGCUAAUCUUUAUCCUCUGCCUCUAUGUACACAUGUUCUUGCUGGCUCGCUCCCAUGCCAGGGACAUUGCCACCCUUCCCAGAGCCAACAUGAGAGGAGCCAUCACUCUGACCAUCCUGCUGGGAGUCUUCAUCUUCUGUUGGGCCCCUUUCAUCCUUCAUGUCCUCUUAAUGACCUUCUGUCCCAGCAAUCCUUACUGUACCUGCUAUAUGUCCCUCUUUCAGGUGAAUGGCAUGCUGAUCAUGUGCAAUGCAGUCAUUGACCCCUUCAUCUAUGCUUUCCGGAGUCCAGAGCUCAGGAGUGCAUUCAGAAGGAUGAUUUCCUACAGCAAGUACCCAUAGAAUCACGAGUCCUGAGUUAAAGAUGCAGUAAGAUAAUGUCAUCGAGAGACAGACCGUGUCAUAGGACAGAGUAACAUAACAUACCGCUUUGGGGUUUUGGGGUGUUGGAGUCUCCUUCUAGAGGUGGUUUCUGGGUUCUUUCCAUUUCAAACAAAGAAUUGAAUAAAACAAGA